CGCUUCGAUUCUGUGUUGUUUUUGUUCUAAUCAGGGAGUUUUUGAUAUCAAUUUCUUGUGUUUGUUGCUAUCAAUUGAUUUUGUUGAGUGAUUCUUGUUCGUGGAGGUUCUUAGUGGGUUAUCUUCAAAUGGGUCCUGCCCCUAUCCUCUUGGUGGAGCAAUGAUUCCAAAAAUUUCCUUAGUGCUUUUGCUUUUUGUGGCUUUUCAUGUUCAUCCAACACUGUCUGAAAUCUAUGCCCAUUUUGUUUCAAUUUUAUUGGAAUUCUCUGUUGGGUUUAGUUUGUGUUUAGAUGAUAGCAUUGUUGCUGUGUUUCAUUGGAAGGCUCCUGUGUUCCUUAUCGAUCUGUGGGAGAUUUAGUGAUGGAUUUCUGGUCAUCCUUCAAGCACCUUUUUGUUCGUACCCUCUCCUCGACGAUACAUUAACAUCACUAGGCGCCUUUUGUCGAACGGGGUAGAUGUCAUUCCGAAGCAUACUUCGUGAUGUGCGGGAUGGAUUUGGAAGCUUAUCGAGGCGUAGUUUUGAGGUGAGGCUGUCUGGAAAUUCCAGGGGUAAAUCUCAUGGACCAGUUCAUGAGUUUCAUGAUGAACCUCUGCUAAUUCAGACUAGUCGAUGGGCUAGCCUUCCGCCCGAGUUAUUGUGCGAUGUGGUUCGAAGACUGGAGGCUAGUGAGAAUACUUGGCCUUCUCGGAGAAAUGUUGUUGCUUGUGCUGCUGUGUGUAGGUCAUGGAGGGAUAUGUGUAAAGAAAUGGUCAAAAGUCCUGAGUUCUCUGGGAAAAUUACGUUCCCGAUCGCCUUGAAGCAGCCUGGGCCACGUGAUGGAACUAUUCAAUGCUUUAUCAAGAGGAACAAAUCUAAUUUAACUUAUCAUCUUUAUCUUUGCCUUAGUCCUGCUUUACUUGUUGAAAAUGGGAAAUUUCUUCUUUCUGCAAAAAGAACGAGGCGAACUACUUCUACGGAGUACGUUAUAUCGUUAGCCGCAGACGAUAUAUCAAGAUCGAGCAAUGGUUAUAUCGGAAAGCUAAGAUCAAAUUUUCUGGGAACCAAGUUCAUUAUAUAUGAUACACAGCCUCCUUACAACAGCAACCAAAUCCCGACGCUUGGCCGAAGCCGAAGAUUCUACUCGAAAAAGGUCUCGCCGAAGGUCCCAGCUGGAAGCUACAGCAUUGCACAAAUUGCAUACGAGUUGAACGUAUUAGGUACAAGGGGACCCCGGAGGAUGAACUGCACCAUGUACUCAAUCCCCAAUUCAUCUCUUGAGCCAGGUUGUUCGGUUCCAGGCCAGCCCGAGCUCAAUCCUCGUCCCCUCGAAGACUCAUUUCGUAGCAUGUCAUUCUCCAAGUCGAUCGAUCAUUCCACCGAGUUCAGCAGCUCCCGCUUCUCUGAUGUUGCAGGAAUGGUUGCUAACGAAGAUGGCGAGGGGAAGGAUCGACCCUUGGUUCUUCGGAACAAGGCGCCUAGAUGGCACGAGCAGUUGCAGUGUUGGUGUCUCAAUUUUCGUGGGAGGGUGACGGUUGCAUCGGUUAAGAACUUUCAGCUGAUUGCUGCAACCUCAGCUGGUGCAGAAGUGGCGGCAGCAGCAGCAGCAGCAGCAUCACAGGCACCUCCACAGCCCGCCCAACCUACGCAUUCCGACCACGACAAGAUCAUUCUUCAGUUCGGAAAGGUCAGUAAGGACAUGUUUACGAUGGAUUAUCGAUAUCCACUGUCGGCAUUCCAGGCUUUUGCUAUAUGUCUCAGCAGCUUUGACACUAAAUUGGCAUGUGAAUAGACCAAGAAAGACACCCAACACUAAAGAAGAAACAGGAUGAUGUGAUUUGAAUGCACUUUGUUGUAUCAAAUUAGAAACUCUCACUCACUGCAAAGAAUUAGAACAAUUUCUUUCCACCGCU